CUCCUCCAGGUGACAAUUGCUUCUUAUCUAUAUCUCAAUUCAAUUGGAGCCGCAUUUGUUCUCUACUUGGUCGGAUAUUGUAUUCUUCCAGACCAGAAGAUCUUAUCCGCGCGGCACGCUAGGCCAGACCAGCAGAAAGUCAUCAUUGCUUCUCCACCAUUUCUUGCUCGGGGCCUUUCCCGACUCUGUGGAUCAAAUUAACUGGAAUUUUCUUCUUUCUUUUAUUCGAGAAAACCCCUAAAUCCCUCUUUUUACUCUUUUUACCCUAAUCAAUAUGGCGACGGAAGGGCAAGAGAUCCAGGAUGUGCCCGUGGAGGAUACGAAUCCCCAGCAGGAGGAGGGUGGUGAUGAUGAGGAAGAAAUCGCGGCGAUGAAGAAGCGGGUAGCAGAGAUGGAAUCCGAGGCGGCAAAACUGCGCGAGAUGCAAUCCACCCUUGACCAACAGACGGAGAGCUUGGCAGAAAACAAAGAAGAGAUCGAUGCCCGGAGUGUUUUCGUCGGUAAUGUCGAUUACGCUGCUUCGCCCGAGGAGAUCCAGGCGCAUUUCCAGAGCUGCGGCUCGAUAAACCGCGUUACGAUCCUGUUGGAUAAAUUCACCGGCCAGCCUAAGGGAUACGCCUAUGUGGAAUUCGCGGAGCCUAGUCUCGUGGCCCAGGCACUUAUCCUGAACGAGAGUGUUUUCCGUGGUAGAAAUCUGAAGGUUGUUCCCAAGCGAACGAAUCUGCCCGGUAUGGCUCGGGGACGUGGUCGGGGAGGCUUCCGGGGACGUGGCUAUGGCCGGGGAGGCUUUGCACCUCGCGGAUACCGUGGAGGCGGCUAUCGGGGUCGCGGUCGAGGCUACGCACCGUACUAAUCGGGCCCAAACCCGUGCAUUAACUCUUACGCCAAGACUGCGUGCAUAAGGAUGGGGCAAACUAGAGAAAAGAGGGCGGCUUCAAGAGGAGCAAAAAUGCUCUCCCCAGUGCACAAGCGGCUACUUCGUUGGAUUGUUUCUUUGGAGUUAAGGGAGGCUGGGGUGUUACUGUACGAUAAAACCACUAUCAAGCAGCAGACUGAGGAACGACAUGGAUGGAUUGAUAUCAGAAGUUUUGCUUUCUUUAUUUUCUGUGAUAUCAUAUUCUUAUAUUGGCAUUCAUACUAUUGGGACAGAAUCGUUCAUCCAGAUUACCCGUACUCCAAAUUGUCUUGAGCGUCUACUUUAAUAGAUACAUAAAAUACCCGUGGGAGUACAAG